AUGCCACCAGUAUCUUCUUCCAAGGCUAAGAGAGACGCCAAGAGAGUCGAAAGAGAAAACAAGAAGCUUGAAGCCGGUAAGACGGUUAGAAAGUUUGGUAAGACCAAGGACAAUAGUGAACAAAAAGAUGAAGCAGACGUGGCUGCUGAAAAUGUUGCUGCAAUGAAAUUACAACAAGAUGAGGAAGGUAUCAGUGAUCGUGUCGUCACCGGUGUUUUGGACUCCUUGAAGACCUCUAGAGAUAUCAAGUUGUCCUCAGUUUCUCUACUUUUCCACGGUAAAGUUUUGAUUCAAGAUUCUAUUCUUGAAUUGAAUUAUGGUCGUCGUUACGGUUUGCUUGGUGAGAACGGUUGUGGUAAAUCCACAUUCUUGAAAGCCUUGGCUGCCAAGGAAUUCCCUAUCCCAGAAGCUAUCGAUGUGUACCUUUUGGAUGAACCUGCUGAACCUAGUGAAUACUCUGCCUUGGAGUAUGUUGUUAGAGAAGCAGAAAAUGAGUUGAAGCGUUUGGAAGAGUUAGUUGAAAAGAUCAUCAUUGAUGAAGGUCCAGAAUCUGAUUAUUUGGAAUCAUUAUACGAAAGAAUGGAUUCUUUGGAUCCUGAUACUUUCGAAACCAGAGCUGCUAUCAUCUUGGUUGGUCUUGGUUUCAACAAGGACACCAUCCAAAAGAAGACUAAGGACAUGUCUGGUGGUUGGAAAAUGCGUGUUGCCUUGGCUAAGGCUCUUUUCGUUAAGCCAACCCUAUUGCUAUUGGAUGACCCAACUGCGCACUUGGAUUUGGAAGCCUGUGUUUGGUUAGAAGAAUAUUUGAAGAGAUUUGACAGAACUUUGGUUCUAAAUUCCCACUCUCAAGAUUUCUUGAACGGUGUCUGUACCAACAUGAUCGAUAUGAGAUUGCAGAAAUUGACCAGUUUUGGUGGUAACUACGAUUCCUAUGCCAAGACUCGUUCUGAAUUGGAAACUAACCAAAUGAAACAAUACAAUAAGCAACAAGAAGAAAUUGCUCACAUUAAGAAGUUCAUUGCAUCCGCUGGUACUUAUGCCAACUUGGUUAGACAAGCUAAGUCCAGACAAAAGAUUCUAGAUAAGAUGGAGGCUGAUGGUUUGGUCCAACCUGUCGUGCCAGAUAAGGUCUUCUCAUUUAGAUUCCAAGAAGUGGAAAGACUACCACCACCAGUGUUAGCAUUCGAUGAAAUCAGUUUUGCCUACGACGGUAAUCCUGAACACAACUUGUACGAAAACUUGAACUUCGGUGUUGAUAUGGAUUCCAGAAUUGCCCUUGUGGGUCCAAACGGUGUUGGUAAAUCUACUUUGUUGAAGAUUAUGACUGGUGACCUAACUCCACAAGCUGGUCGUGUUUCUAGACAUACUCACGUUAAAUUAGGUGUCUACUCUCAGCAUUCUCAAGAUCAAUUAGAUUUGACUAAAUCUGCCUUGGAAUUCGUUCGUGAAAAAUACUCUCACAUUUCUCAAGAUUUCCAAUACUGGAGAGGUCAAUUAGGUCGUUACGGUUUAACUGGUGAUGGCCAAAAGGCUCAAAUGGGUACUUUGUCUGAAGGUCAACGUUCUCGUGUUGUCUUUGCCCUACUGGCCCUACAAGCUCCAAACAUUCUACUAUUAGACGAACCUACAAACGGUCUCGAUAUUCCAACUAUUGAUUCGCUUGCUGAAGCCAUCAACACUUUCAACGGUGGUGUCGUCGUUGUUUCCCACGAUUUCAGAUUAUUGGAUAAAAUUGCCCAAGAUAUCUUUGUCGUCGAAAACAAAACCGCUUACAGAUGGGACGGUUCCAUCUUGGAAUACAAGAACAAAUUGGCAAAGAACGUCGUUUUGUAA